AUGUGUUCAAGAAAAUGGGAAACCCAUCAUAAUACAAUAAUGCCAAAUAGUGAAGUAAAAAAUCAUUUCGGAAUUAAAGAAACUAAUUUUGAAGGAGAUGACGCCACCAAUGAUGUCGAAAUUGCUGAAGAGAAGUCUUCAUCCUUAACAACUUGGGACACAAAAGCAAUACUACAUUUAAUAGAAUUCUAUAAAAUUAAUGAGAAAUUAUUUAAAAGUUCUUCUGUUAAAAGACAGAAAGUGUGGAAUAUCGUAUCGGAGGGAAUGAAAAAAGAGGGAUAUGUCUAUACAAAAAAUAUUAAAAAUACACAGCCACCUAUAGAAAAUGAUGAGGAACCAACAGAAAAGAGAACAAAAGUCGAAAAAAAAAAGGAAUCACGGACUGAAAAAGGGCAAAAUAAAAUAAUGGAUUUCCUGCAAACAAGAGAAGAAAAAAAGGAUGAAGAGCGUGAAAGGCGCCAUCGUGAAAAAAUAAAAGAAGUUAAGGAGACGCGAAAAGCUUAUACUGAAGUGAUGCAGAAACUCAUAGAAAAGUUGUAA